CAAAGGACCCCCGGCGGGAGGCAGUUCAGGACGGGAGCCGGCGUCCGGAGCCCACAGCCCGCCCAGACCCCUGGAGCAGACCUGCCUCCCCUGCAGGAGGCUCCCCUGGUGUCAGGGACGCGGCCUCCAGGCCCCCUCAGGCCUCCGGGCGCCGAGCCGCGCUGAGCUCUGGGAGGGUGUGACCCCCGGGAGUUGACGCCCAGGGAGUUCACAGGGUGGGGUCCCCGGGGCGCUCUCAGCCCUGGUCUGGUUUCGUCCUGGGCCCCCGCCACGCUGUGGAAGCGGCUGGGUGGGAUACUCAGAAACCCCAGGUCCUCCGUUUUUUUUUUUGGUUGGGGAUCCCCGGCGGCUGCUGCCCUUUCUUUCAGAAGUGAGAGCUGAGCGUUCCGUGCCCAGCGAGGGAGUGCCCUCUAGAGACCAGGCGGGCAGAGGCCUGUCCUGAAGGGAAGACCCAACCUGGAGUCUCGGGGGUGGGGGAGACUUGAAAGAAGCAAGUACCAGCCACGAGGGGCAGCCGGCGCCACCCACCCCGAACUGCUGGCCUGGGUCAGCACGGGCCCUCAGAGCUACUGCCCACCCAGAGCUGCUGAGCAGGGUCUCGGUGUCAAUUUCCUCGGACCGGCUGAAGAUGCUGCCUUGGCUUGCUGUCCUUGCUACUCUGGGUCUCCCAGCAGGGGGUGUUUCUUCCUGGGACAAAACACAAAUUAAACAAUUAUCACAGGGUCUGCAACACCUUUAUGGAAACAUCUCCCGGCUCAUUGAAAGAGGCAAACUGGGUCCUGCUGAUUUCUUCACCACAGUCUCUCGUAAGGAUUGGGGCGCAGAAGGUGCUGGCUGCAGCUCUCAGCUGCCCAAGCCACUGGAAGUCCUUGUCAUACACCAUGUCCCUGGACUGGAAUGCCACAACCGGAUGGUUUGCAGUCAGAGGCUGCGGGACCUGCAGGCCUACCACAUCCAUGAGAACAGUGGGUGCGACGUGGCCUACAACAUGCUGGUUGGAGAAGAUGGCAGGGUAUAUGAAGGUGUUGGCUGGAACGUCCAAGGCUCACACACCCAAGGCUACAACAACAUCUCCCUGGGUAUUGCUUUCUUUGGCACCAAGGAAGGCCACAGUCCUGGCCCUGCUGCCUUGUCCUCCAUGAAGGGCUUGGUUUCUUACGCCGUGCAGAAAGGCCACUUGUCAUCCAGGUACACCCAGCCGCUUCUUGUGAAAAGUGAGAACUGCUUGGUUCCUCCACAGAAGGCCAAACCGAAGAAAGUUUGUCCCCACAUCAUCUCACGGUCUGCUUGGGGGGCCAGAGAGGCCCACUGCCCGCAGCUGACCCUCCCUGCUAAGUACGUCCUCAUCCUCCACACCGCGGGGAGAACAUGCAACAAGCCCAGUGAGUGCAGCACGCUGGUCCGAGAUCUGCAGUCCUUCUUCACGGACAGGCUCGGCGCCUGCGACAUUGGGUAUAACUUCCUGGUGGGCCAGGAUGGCGGUGCUUAUGAAGGGGUGGGUUGGAAGGUCCAAGGCUCCCACACCGCUGGCUACAACGACAUCGCCUUGGGCAUUUCCUUCAUGGGCACCUUCACAGGUACCCCACCCAACUCAGCCGCUCUCGAAGCAGCCCAGGAUCUGAUCCAGUGUGCUGUGGCCAAGGGGCACCUGACCCCCAACUACCUGCUGGUGGGCCACAGUGACGUGGCCAACACCCUGUCUCCUGGGCAGGCAUUGUACAACAUCAUCAAGACGUGGCCUCACUUCAGGAGCUGAGGGAGUCCCCAGCUCCUUCUGAGUCCGGGCGCUUCCUCCUGCUGGCUCUCUGUCCUCACCUCCCGUCCUGACUCAGCGUCUCUCUUCUCACCCUCCAGCAUCACCUUGUCCCCUUUCCCGGCUUGGGAAGAUGUGUCCCCUCCUGCUGGCAUCCUCCACUGUCCCCCAAGCGAGGCGCUCACAGCCUUCUGAGUGAGCAAAGCUUCCUCUCUCCUCACCUUCCUCUCUUUCUCUGGUUGCCCACCUGCUCAGCCAGGUGAAAUAGUGGGUUGGUCCGUAUCACUUCUCUUUCCCUUGGUGUCUUCCCCCAGUCACCUUCACCUGGGCUCUGCCUGGAAGCCCCUAGCCCUUCCCUAUGGCCCAGCCACGGCGCCACCCCUCCACCGCCCCCACAUCCAUGAACAGAUUCGGAUGCCACCAUCCAAGUCUGAGUUUCUCCAGGGGAGCAGUUAAUUUUUCCGGUAUCCAGUGUGUGCUCCUGAGCAGUUCUGAGAUCCAGCAGGUGCUUGUUGCUGUAGGUGUUUGUGAAGAGAUGGAUGAAAAAGCACGAGAGAGGCUCCUGGCCACUUUGCUCAUCACCCAUCUCUGGGGAACCCUGUUAGACAGCGCUCCAUCCCACCAGCAUUCUCCCGGUUUGAAGCCCGUAGCUGGCUGUGGCGAUGGGUAUGUAAUAAAAGUCAUGUGUCUAGAUGCCCUUGUCUUUCCGAAGUGCCCAGAGGGCUGGGACCUGCAUGCCUCUAGGAUCAGGGCAGAGCUGUGUCCAUAUAUGAUGCCCAGUAUCUGUGGCCUGACUGUACCCGACUGGGCCAUGCUGGGUUGAAUGACAACAGUGGGCUUUGGUGCUCUGCGACCCUCCCUGCCCCAGUUCUCUUGUCACUGGUUGGAAGCACACGAAGUGUCUGUUUUCCGCAUGUGUUGUUUGGUAACACUGAGACUAGGGGAUGAGGACAACAGGAGGGAUGCUCUAAAGAGAAUAUAAUGUGAAGUUUGUCUCCUGAAUUUUUGAUCCCAUCUUAAUAUUUUGUCUUGUUUCAGUGUUUUUUUUUCUGUAGCCAUUAUUAAAGCAGAAAUAAGUAUAAGAA